CGGGCGGGCCGAGGCGCGGGCCUGAGCGCCGCGGGGCCGCCAUGGCGCGGCCGUGAGCCCCGCGCCGCGCCGCGCCGGGCCGCGGCCCAUGGUGCUGCCCGCCGGCCCCAUGGCGGAGUUCGCGCUGCCGCGGCACAGCGCCGUCAUGGAGCGGCUCCGCCGGCGCAUCGAGCUGUGCCGACGCCACCACAGCGCGUGCGAGGCGCGCUACGAGGCCGUGUCGCCCGAGCGCCUGGAGCUGGAGCGCCAGCACACCUUCGCGCUGCACCAGCGCUGCGUGCAGGCCAAGGCCAAGCGCGCCGGCAAGCACCGCCCGCCCGCCGCGCCCGCCGCGCGCCCCGACGCCGCCGACGGCCCCGAGCCCGCACGCGCCGGCGCGCACCUCCACGACGCGGUGAAGCGCAACCUGGAUAGCUCGGGCGCGGCGCAGAACGGGGACCCCCAGAACGGCUACAGCGACCUCUUCGCCGCCGCUGCCGCCGCCGCCGCCGCCGCUGCCGCCGCCGCCGCCGCCGCCGCCGCCUCCUCCUCCUCCUCCGCGCCGCCCGCCGGGGCCGGCCCCAAGAAGACCCGGCGCGAGGCGCCCGCCGCCGCCUCCCCGCGCGGGGCCGCCGCCGAGCCCGCGGCCGAGGCGGCGCCGGGCCGGGCGGGGGGCGCGGAGCCUGCGCUGGCCCCCCGCGACCUGAAGCAGGAGCCGGCCGACGAGCUGCCGUGCGUGCUGGCGGGCGCAGGCUGCUCGCUGCAGGGCAACCUCAUGCCCGACCUUAACCUCAACGAGCAGGAGUGGCGCGAGCUCAUUGAGGAGCUCAACCGCUCGGUGCCCGACGAGGACAUGAAGGACCUGUUCGCCGACGACUUCGACGACAAGAAGGAGCCCGAGCCGCCGCCCGCACCCCCCGCGCCGCCCGCGCCCCCCGCGCCCGACGUGCGCGUCAAGAGCGAGUUCGAGGCCGAGCGCCGGGCCCGCGGCUCCCCCGGCUUCCUGGCGCCCGACGGCGCCAACCCGCAGCCCCUCUUCCACGUGGCCGAGCUGCCCGCGCCUGGGCUGCUGCCGCCCGCCCUGCCCGAGCCGGGCCAGGCCGCCGCCUCCGAGCUGUCCUCCGCGCACCAGCUGCAGCAGAUGGCGGCCAAGCAGAAGCUGCUGCAGAACCCGCCCCCCGCCACGCCGGCGCCCGGCGCCCUGGUGGGCUCCUGGCCGGCCGCGGCGGCCCACGGGGCCUUUGGGGGGGCCUACCCCCUGGACAAGGCCGCCAGCCCGCCCGGCUACAGCAAGGCUGACUUCGGGAGCUCCGCGCUGCUGCUGGGGCCCGGCGGGAACCAGGGCUCCCCGCGGCCCCCCAACGCCGGCGGCCCCUACCUCCAGCCCGGCCACCACCACGGCGCCCUCCUGGGCCACGCGCCCGGUGCCGGGACCCCCAGCGCAGCGCCCGCGCCGGCCUCGGUGCUGGACUACGGCAACACCAAGCCCCUGUCGCACUACAAGGCCGACUGCGGGCAGGCGGGCGCGGGCGCGGGCAAGGCCGCCCUGAUGGCCUCGUACCUGCAGCAGGCGCUGCCGCCGCUGGGCACCGAGCAGAGCUCGCUCUUCCUGCUGAAGCCCAAGGCGGGCGCCGGGCCCUUCCGCAACCUUCCUGCCAGCCAGGAGCAGACGCCCCCCAGCGUGCCCGUGGCCGGGGCGGCCGGCGGCGUGGGCGGGGGCCCGGCGGCGGGGGCGCACGGCGCGCCCUACCUGGGCGGCGCGCAGCAGGCGGCCGUGCUCAAGCAGCAGCAGAUGCUCCUGGACCAGCAGAAGCAGCGCGAGCAGCAGCACCACUUCCUGCAGAGGCAGCAGCAGCUGCUGGCCGAGCAGGAGAAGCAGCAGUUCCAGCGCCAUCUGACACGCCCACCUCCCCAGUACCAAGACCCGAAUCAGAGCAGCUUCCCCCAGCAGGUCGGCGCGUUCCCAGGCUCCUCCGCGGCCGUCCCCGGCAUGAGCAGCUGCCCGCGCGCCUUCGCCCAGCCCGGGACCCUCCUGUCGCUCGGCGCCGGACUCGCCCCCGCAGGCUCGGGCCCGCAGGAGCGCGCGGUGCCGCCCUUCUCCGCGGGGCCGCCCACCCUGCCGCAGCAGCCGCAGCCCGGGGGGCUGUACAGCCUGAGCCCCGCCCUGGCUCCGCCCCCGGCCGCCAACGGCCAUGCCCACCUGCCCCGCCCCGGGGGCGGCGCGGGGGGCGGCGCCUACGGGCAGAACUCGCUGGGCGGCGCGGGCCUGGCGCCGCCGCACGCCAAGGGGAACCUGGCGAAGCCCCCCGCGCCGCGGGUGUCGGCCGCGCUGGGGGCGCAGGCGCCCGCCUGGCAGCACCAGGGGCUGGCGCCCGGCCUGAGCGCCCAGAGCCCAGGCGGGGCGGGCGCGGGACCCCAGUUCCCCGCCGCGGCGCCCGCCUUCCACCUGCCGUCGCCACAGGCCCACCUGAAGGUGAGCGGCCCCCCGUUCCCGCAGCCCCUGCCCAGCCGGCCGCUGGCGCCCCCCGGGAGCGCGCCGCCGCCGCGGACCGGCGCGCCCGCCGCGGGCGCCCCCCAGCAGGGCCUGCCGGAGCUGGGGGGCUUCAGCCAGAGCCCCGGGCCCGCGCUGGGCGGCCGCGGGGGGCUGCCGUGCCCCCAGGCCUACCCGGUGCGGACGACGGGCGCAGCGGCCGAGCUGCCCUGCCCCUUCGCGGGCGACGGCGACCUCAUAGACUCGCUGCUGAAGAGCCGGACCUCGGAGGAGUGGAUGCGGGACCUGGACGACCUCCUGGGGCCCCAGUGACCGCCGCGGGGCGGGGACAGCAGCGACCGGACCAAAAAGCCCUGCCGGGGGCCGGGCGCCCCCUGCGCCGUCCGGGUGGGCCCCCAGCCGCGGGGCCCGAGGGCUCCCGCCCUCCGGACCAAAAGCCGGGCAGCGCGCCCAGGGCCCGGGCCGGGGUCCCGCCGCGCAGGCCCGGGGAGGCUGGGCGGAGCAGGACCUUGGCAAGUGGUAGCUGAGAAAAGAUGAGUUUUCCUGUUUUUUUCCAACUUGUGAGGUUAAAAGGUGGGGGUGCAGGUGGCCACGCGGGGCACCCCGUUCGUUGCUGCCUUGUAAGGCCCAGCCUUGUGACUGCCGCCUCCCCGGCACGGGGGUCGUGCCCGGAGUGGAGGGAGGCCGCCCUCAGCUGGCAGCGCUGGUCCGCGCCGUGGCCACCCCCGGGGGCCCCCCCGACGGGGAGGCCGAGCUCCAGAGUCGGGGUCCCUCAGUCUGCCGAGGGGCGCGGGAGGGCGGGGUGCAGAGUCCCCGACACGGGCCCCCCGCCCCGCCCCGCUGCUCGCUCCUGGCGCCAGCAAACCCCCACCAGGUCGGGUCAGCCCAUCCGGGGCCGGUCCGGAGGCUGUGCGCCCCGCGUGUCGGGGAGGCCGCCCCACCUUGCACUUUUCCGAGAAUCGCUUUAUAACACUAAUCCAGCGCCCCGGGGAUAGGUGAGUCGACUCACUCCUGGGUCCGAGGCCGCCCCCGGGUGCGCUGCGGCUUGGCUUGGAGGGGGCAGUUGCAUCCAGAGUGUCCGGCCGGGGGGUGGGGCAGGAGGCGUACUGCGGGGUCCCAGAGAGCCACACACAGCCAUCGCCCUUUCGGCGCGGGAGAGAAGGGUCCCAGGAGCCCCUUACCCACAUCCCGCGCCUGCGCGCCCGCACCCGGGUCGUUAUAACGCACCAGCAGUGCCUUGCCAGGGGGUCCUGGAACUCCCAAUCCUCUUUAAUAGCCAUUAGCUGCCGCCGGUAGGGGGCGCCCUCCCCGUUCCCCCCACCCCAGGCUGAAUUUCAUUUCCCCGGACGGGAAGAAGCAAUCAGGCCAAUGGACACCCACCCUGGGGGUGGGGGUGCGGGGGGACGGUGGUCCCCCAGUCCGCCGGAGGAAGAGGGUGAUUUCAGCGGGUUUUCUACCAAAAAUAACGGGCUGAAGGCUGGUGACCUCCCCUAGCUCUUGCCCCUCCCCCCACCCCGGGGAGGUGAGCGGGACCACCCUGCCUUAGUCCGGGGCCGCCAGGUCAAAGCAAUACAAUGUGAUGUUGGGGGUCCCUCCCCCGGAGCUGCCCGUGGCUUUAUUUAUGAACCUGGUGUGUCGGGUGGCCAGGGGGACGCACGAUGCCCCACCUUCCAGGAGCCAAGACUCAAAGGGUGCUCGGACUUUUGUUAUACACACUUGCUUUGUGUAAAUAAAUGUUUACAAUUUUAUAUUAAAGAUGGAAUAAGCGUUAGAGCUUCGGACUAUAUUUUUUACUUUUAUAGAUUUUUAAGAACUAUGACCCUUUCUAUGUCUGGGGAGCGGGGGAUCGCGGCUCUGAUACGUUUUCUGCCAGCGGUUGGUAUUGUUGAUUUCAUAUUGUCGGUAAAGUGCAGAUCUGCUUGUCCCCCACGGGCUGCCCUGAACUCUGCUCUCCAUCCCCAAACACGGUCUCUACUUUUUUCCUUGUUUUCUUAUUCUGAAAUAAUAAAAGUAUUUUGCUAGUA